GCAGCGCCUGGCUCCGGAGAGCACAGCUCAACUCCCGCUGACCAGAGAGAUCGAGGGAGCCUGGGCAGCUCCAGACAGGACUAGCGCUCUGACUUUAAGUCUGCUCCGAGGGUCCUGGGACCCGGGGACCCCAGGAGAUCCGCGGGCGGGGAGCAGACAAGGGGCGGAGCCCCGGGCCGAGUCACGGUGGCUGUCAGAGGGUCUGCGGGACUCGGUGGCUUGACCUAAGGCGAGCGCCUGGAGCUCCGGGUGGUACAGCACGCCACUCCAACACAUUGAACUUAUCAUCGCAAACCGUGCUGGUGCGACAUCCUGAGCUCAGCAUCCAGCAGGUCCUGGGGAGACAGAGGGUCGGCAGGUGUCCCUGUGGAAGGAGCCGGGACAAGGACUCCAGAAAGCAUCUGGGGCAGUCUCUACAUGAUGUCGCUUCUCAGGACUGGAGGACCACCCACCCUACACUUCUGCCAUGGAGAGGGCAGAAAUGGAGAAGCAAACGCAAUCACUUCUAUUCCGUCAUUAACCACUCUGUAGACAUGUGUCCCCAUCAGAAGGCGUGAACUGCACCAAGGGGGAGAGUUCUCGUGCCCCCAGACCACUAGCACCUUCUACUGUCCCCCUAGGGGGAAGGCAGAGCCAUGGCACCUUAUAGCUGCUGUUUGGCCCUCUUGGCUCUCGCCUGGCACUCCUCUGCCUAUGGGCCUGACCAGCGAGCCCAAAAGAAGGGGGACAUUAUCCUUGGGGGUCUCUUUCCUAUCCAUUUUGGAGUAGCAGCCAAAGAUCAAGAUCUGAAGUCAAGACCAGAGUCCGUGGAGUGCAUUAGGUAUAACUUCCGUGGAUUUCGAUGGUUACAAGCCAUGAUAUUUGCCAUAGAGGAGAUAAACAGCAGCCCCGCCCUUCUUCCCAACAUGACGCUGGGCUACAGGAUAUUCGACACCUGCAACACCGUCUCCAAGGCCUUGGAGGCUACCCUGAGUUUUGUUGCCCAGAACAAAAUCGACUCUUUGAACCUGGAUGAGUUCUGCAACUGCUCAGAACACAUCCCUUCGACUAUUGCGGUGGUGGGAGCAACCGGCUCGGGUGUCUCCACGGCAGUAGCCAACCUGUUGGGGCUCUUCUACAUCCCCCAGGUGAGUUACGCCUCCUCCAGCAGGCUCCUCAGCAACAAGAACCAGUACAAAUCCUUCCUCCGCACCAUCCCCAACGAUGAACACCAGGCCACCGCCAUGGCGGACAUUAUCGAGUAUUUCCGCUGGAACUGGGUGGGCACCAUUGCCGCUGAUGAUGACUACGGCCGGCCAGGCAUUGAGAAGUUCCGAGAGGAAGCAGAAGAGAGGGACAUCUGCAUUGACUUCAGCGAGCUUAUCUCCCAAUACUCUGACGAGGAAGAGAUCCAGCAGGUGGUGGAAGUGAUCCAGAACUCCACAGCCAAGGUCAUCGUCGUUUUCUCCAGCGGCCCAGACCUAGAGCCCCUCAUCAAGGAGAUUGUGCGGCGCAACAUCACAGGCAGGAUCUGGCUGGCCAGUGAGGCCUGGGCCAGCUCCUCCUUGAUUGCUAUGCCCGAAUACUUCCAUGUGGUCGGGGGCACCAUCGGGUUCGGUCUGAAGGCCGGGCAGAUCCCAGGCUUCCGAGAAUUCCUGCAGAAAGUCCAUCCCAGGAAGUCUGUCCACAACGGUUUUGCCAAAGAGUUUUGGGAAGAAACAUUUAACUGCCACCUGCAAGAAGGCGCUAAAGGACCUUUACCUGUGGACACAUUCAUAAGAAGUCAUGAGGAAGGUGGUAACAGGUUAAGCAACAGCUCCACAGCCUUCCGACCCCCCUGCACAGGGGAUGAGAACAUCAGCAGUGUGGAGACCCCUUACAUGGAUUACGAACAUUUACGGAUAUCCUACAACGUGUACUUAGCCGUCUACUCCAUUGCCCAUGCCCUGCAAGAUAUAUAUACCUGUUUACCUGGAAGAGGGCUUUUCACCAAUGGGUCCUGUGCAGACAUCAAGAAGGUUGAGGCCUGGCAGGUCCUGAAGCACCUACGGCACCUCAACUUUACCAACAACAUGGGGGAGCAGGUGACAUUCGAUGAGUGUGGUGACCUGGUAGGGAACUAUUCCAUCAUCAACUGGCACCUCUCCCCAGAGGACGGCUCCAUUGUGUUCAAGGAGGUUGGCCAUUACAACGUGUACGCCAAGAAGGGAGAGCGACUCUUCAUCAACGAGGAGAAGAUCUUGUGGAGUGGGUUCUCCAGAGAGGUGCCCUUCUCCAACUGCAGCCGGGACUGCCUGGCGGGGACCAGGAAGGGGAUCAUUGAAGGGGAGCCCACCUGCUGCUUUGAGUGUGUGGAGUGUCCUGAUGGGGAAUACAGUGAUGAGACAGAUGCGAGUGCCUGUGACAAGUGCCCCGAUGACUUCUGGUCCAAUGAGAACCACACUUCCUGCAUUGCCAAGGAGAUUGAGUUUCUGGCGUGGACUGAGCCCUUCGGAAUCGCUCUCACGCUCUUUGCAGUGCUGGGCAUUUUCCUGACCGCCUUUGUGCUGGGCGUCUUUAUCAAGUUCCGAAACACGCCCAUCGUCAAGGCCACCAACCGAGAGCUGUCCUACCUCCUGCUCUUCUCGCUGCUCUGCUGCUUCUCCAGCUCCCUGUUCUUCAUCGGGGAGCCCCAGGACUGGACGUGCCGCCUGCGCCAGCCCGCCUUCGGCAUCAGCUUUGUGCUCUGUAUCUCGUGCAUCUUGGUGAAGACCAACCGUGUCCUCCUGGUCUUUGAGGCCAAGAUACCCACCAGCUUCCACCGGAAGUGGUGGGGGCUCAACCUGCAGUUCCUACUAGUUUUCCUCUGCACCUUCAUGCAGAUCGUCAUCUGCGUGAUCUGGCUCUACACGGCGCCCCCCUCCAGCUACCGCAACCAUGAGCUGGAGGAUGAAAUCAUCUUCAUCACGUGCCACGAGGGCUCACUCAUGGCGCUCGGCUCCCUGAUCGGCUACACCUGUCUGCUGGCUGCCAUCUGCUUCUUCUUCGCCUUCAAGUCCCGGAAGCUGCCAGAGAACUUCAACGAAGCCAAGUUUAUUACCUUCAGCAUGCUCAUCUUUUUCAUCGUCUGGAUCUCCUUCAUUCCAGCCUACGCCAGCACCUACGGCAAGUUUGUCUCCGCCGUGGAGGUGAUCGCCAUCCUGGCAGCCAGCUUUGGCUUGCUGGCCUGCAUCUUCUUCAACAAGGUCUACAUCAUCCUCUUCAAACCUUCCCGGAACACCAUCGAGGAGGUGCGCUGCAGCACCGCGGCGCAUGCUUUCAAAGUGGCAGCCCGCGCCACGCUACGCCGCAGCAACGUCUCCCGGAAGCGGUCCAGCAGCCUGGGAGGCUCCACAGGUUCCAUUCCCUCCUCUUCCAUGAGUAGCAAAAGCAACAGCGAAGACCCGUUCCCACAGCCAGAGAGGCGGAAGCAACAGCAGCCGCUGGCCCUGACUCAGCAAGAACAGCAACAGCAGCAGCCCCUGGCUCUGCAGCAGCAGCAGCAGCCACAGCAGCCCAGAUGCAAACAGAAGGUCAUCUUCGGCAGUGGUACAGUCACCUUCUCUCUGAGCUUUGACGAGCCUCAGAAGAGCGCUAUGGCCCACAGGAACUCCAUACGUCAGAACUCCUUGGAGGCCCAGAAGAGCAACGACACCUUGAGCAGACACCAGGCCCUGCUCCCCCUGCAGUGUGCAGACACGGACUCAGAAAUGACCACUCAGGAAACGGGGCCCAUGGUGGGGGACCACCAGCCAGAAAUGGAAAGUCCAGAAGAAAUGUCCCCAGCACUGGUCGUGUCCACCUCUCGGAGCUUCGUCAUUAGCGGUGGAGGCAGCUCCGUGACGGAAAACAUACUGCACUCCUAACGGAGGGAAAGACCGACUGCCCAGCGCAUAGAGUUUUUCUUGGAGUCCCAGGAAUAAGGAUGGGUCCUUCCUUUUUUCCUCGGAAGCCAGGGAUGAUAGGUACAUCAAAUGCCUGUACUCGGUUGCACUGCUUUGAAUGAAGUGAACUGACUGAUGUUCCCUUAAAAGUUAAAAGAAGAGCCAUGUUUUGGGGGGUUGUUCCAGAGCUCCUUAUCGUACCCGAGUUUAUUGAAGUCUUUUCCUCUGCUCUAUCCAUCAACAGCUCAGCUGAAAUCAAGGCUAUAAGCUACCCACCUGCGCUCUCCUUUAAAAUAUAUAUAUAUAUAUCUGUAUCCAGAAAUGCCUGCCCUGAGAUUCCACGGACAGCAUGAUCGGAAUCACAGUCCAGAGGCAGACCGAAGGGACAUCAGCUCUGUCACUACUAGAGUUGGGUCUGAAAGCCAGACCGUCACCGGGACUGUCUGGCACAUUGACAGUGGGCAGAACUUCACAUGCUCGAGACAUCAGGCGGAUGUGUCCUCCCUUAUUUAUAGAGACCUUAGGAAGUGUCGUCUUGUUUUCCUCCCUGCAGCUGCUACUGUGUGACAUCUAACGAGUGUGCAUCCCUCCUGUGGCACCAUGUCAGGACGUGUCCAGAAUCUGAUGGCAACACCACGUUCAGAUCUCACGAUUGUAAGAUCACCUCUAAGCACUGGGAAAGGACUGCCUAAUCCAAUGAGCUGUCUCUGUAAUUCAUAUUGCUGUACAUAGCUUUAUCCUUAAGAAAAAAAAAACGCUUCUGUUGCUGAAAAGUGUCACAGUCUGGGUUCUACAAGGCAGUAUUAUUGAAUUCUGUUGGCCUUUCCCGCCCCGGUGAGCAGAGCCCAUGGGGUCCCUCUCAAGACCCCAUGGCUCCUGAAACUCCCCUCUACCCCUUGCCCAAAAGGCUUUGUGAAGCCAAAUCCAGACCUGGCUCUCUAAAGAAUAAGCUCCCAGAAGAAAAUGUGGUCCCCAGUGAAGGCCACGGUCCUCUCAGCAGCAAAAUUAAAGGUGCUCCCCAGCCACCUAACUGCUAGGGAUUCAAACUUUGGAUCACAGGGACCAAGGUUCAGGCUCUGGCGUGGUCACUGGCAAGAUGGUUGAAGAUAAGCAAGGAACCUCAAGUUCUCUAAGCCCCAGCUUCUCUGAGUCUGAAGGAGGGUGUUACAGCUAUCUUCCCAUGGAGCUCUCACAUGGGUUAAGUGACAGCGUGUGUCGACAUAUUUUGGCGUGGUACCUAACACAUAGUAAGCACUUAGUGUUAGUAAAUAUGAUUAGUUAUAUCAUAACUAUUAGUUUCCACUUGCUUAGACUACACUCUAGUUUGGAUUAUGACCCUCAAGGUCCACAUGUUAAAAGACUGGUCCCUUGGGUGGCCCUCUGGGAAGGUCAUGGUGCCUUCAGGAGGUGGGGCUUAGUAGGACGUAGUUCAAUCACUGGGGUAUGCCCUGACAGUCACUGGGGUAUGCCUUGGACAGUCACUGGGAUAUGCCUUGGACAGUCACUGGGGAUAUGCCUUUGAUGGUCACUGGGGAUAUGCCCUGACAGUCACUGGGAUAUGCCUUUGACAGUCACUGGGGUAUGCCUUUGACAGUCACUGGGGUAUGCCUUUGACAGUCACUGGGGUAUGCCUUUGACAGUCACUGAGGAUAUGCCUUUGAAGGGAGUUAUGGGACUCUGGCCCCAUCCUCCUUCUGUCUCUUUAAUUUCCUGGCCAUAAGAUGAAGAGUUCGCUCUGACACAGGCUGCCCAUCACUCCCACCUAGCACCCCAUCAGGGACCCAAAACAAUGGUCCACAGGAGCAUGGACCAGAACCUCCAAAACAAAGCAUCAAGAUUAACUUUUUUCUCUCUCUAAUUGUCUGAAAUAUCUUAUUAUGCUGAGAGAAAGCUGACUAAUAUAGAAUAUAAAGCAAAACUCUUACUAAGCAUUCAGGUUUUAAUGCCUAAUCCACUGAUCACAAUAACUUGCUUCAGAAUAAGUCCAAAAUUUCUGAGGCCCAGGUCAAGGUGUCAGCAGGAGCCACAGUCCUAACCCCACCGCAAAAAAAGAGCGUUCUGCCUCUGUGGUAGCAGUACCAUCUCCAGCACCAUCACUGGCUGGCAAUUACUCAGAUCAGAUUCCAGCGAGCUAGGCUGACCCCAAGACCAAGCCAUAGAACGUCAAUCCAUCAGUGGUCUAAACUUACAGUUCGUGGUGAGUCUUCCCCGACCACUUCCUUCUGAGGAUUUUGAAGGUAACAAUUGGCAUUGUAACCGUGAAGAGCAUUGAGGAUUACAAGGGGGCACAGUAGAGAGCGGCCCUGUCACAGAACACAGAACUGUCCUGGUGAGACACCAACACUCCAGCCAGAAAGGGCACAGCCUGGCAGAGCCUGUGGCUGUCUGCCAUCACCCUCUGAGCAAGGCACCAAGCUGAGGGAAGAGUUCAUUUUUAACAUUUCACUUGGCCCUAAAAUAAAUAAAUAACCAAAACAAAAAAUAGCAGUCAAAAGUUUAGUGGCUUUUCAUAAAUGUGUGACAAAACUGUGUGGCAAUAACCUCUACAUAAUGUCACACAGUCAUCCUUCCUGUUCUGAUUACAGUGCAUACAGACCCUUCUUCCACAAGUCACCUCCUCAUCCCAUGAUGACAAAAUAAGGCUCACCAGGGAAAACACUGGACUGACUGACGGUUGCAGUGUGCUCAUUGUGACGGGCUGGCACAUCAAGUAAGCUCUAGGACCAUCCUCAUCAGGAAGGCAGAUGGCACCACCACACCAGGCACAACUCCUCAUCCAAUCACAGGGACAAGACAGGAAUUUCAUUAUGUCUCUAUAGCAACCUGCUUCUUUGAUCUCAAGUUCCUAUUCUGCCAAGCAACUGAAGCUAUAAAGUCAGAUUGGGGGUUUUCCCUGGGAAUUUCAGAGUUUUCUCAUUCAACUUAGAUUUUUAGGUAUCAGUUUGGAAGUUUGGUUUUGUUUUGUUCUGUGUUUCCUUCCUCUCUCCAGGCAAGUUGUAGCAUAAUGCAGGUGAGGGUUUCCAGUCAUAGGCAGCUCCCCUUAGCAUUGCCGAAGCCAUCUUGUCUGGCUCUCAGUGUCUGCAUUCUGGCUUCCUCCGAGGUAUCUGUGACAGGCCAUUUUCUGUUACUGUAACAGAAGAACCAAGCAGGCUAACUUUAUAAAGAAAAGAGGUUUUUAACUCAUAGUUCUGCUGGUUCAAGGGCCAAGACCCUGUGAUUGCCAUUGGUCCCCACAAUGGCAGGAAAACACGGGAAGGAAUCACACAUCAAAAUAGAAAGCCAGAAGGUGAUUCAGGGGUCAGCUUUACUCUUGUAACAACUCACUCUUGAGACCCCAGGAUCUCCAUGAGAACUGCCUUAACUCCUCAGAAAGCAGAACGCCCAGUGACCUAAAGCCUUCCCACAAGGCUCCACCUCUCAGCAUAGGCACACUAGAGGCCAAGCUCCCAACGCAUAGAGACCCUUUGGAAACCGUAUCUAAACCAUGAGAACAUCAUAUCCCCAGCCAUUCCCCAACCGUGGGAUCUGUGGUGGUUUCCAUGAAUGAAUCACUGUCUCAACUGACCGGUCCUUCCUAGGUCUGUAAGUUCCCUCAGCUCCCUCCAGGCCCAUCCUAGGGACCAGGAAACUCUAUGAGCUCUCACUGUAGGGAUCCCUUGACUGCUGCCCAUCCAUAUCAGUACAGAGACUCUGUAUGUUUACAAGCAUACAGAGCACACACAAGUAAGAAACGGGGUGAAACCUGUGUGCAAGACAGAAUGAUGUUCAGCCAAAGAUGUCCACGAUUACAGCUCCACAGCCUGUGAUUGUAUCAAGGCAAUGGGGAUCGAAGUUGCUGAUUGAAUUAAGAUUCCAUCUGGUUUACCAUGAGGUAGGAGCCUCCAGAACCAUCAGUGACGGGUGGUACAAUGUGAGGAAAACUGCAGACCACCCAUCCACCACUGCUUUGUGUGGGGAAGGAAGUGAGGGACAAAGGGAUGCGGCUUAUUUCUGGAAGCUGGACAGAGUAAGAGUCCUGAUUCUCCCCAGGAAUUUCCAGGAAGGAACACGGAGCUAGAGACCUUGGUUUCAGCCUAGCGACACCCUUUGAGGACUUCUGACCUCUGGAACUCUAAAAUAAUAAAUGUGUGUUGUUUUAA